UACUCUAUGCUUGCGUCUGUCUCGUUCGAGUGCGGGGGAGGCGCCCCCUCGCAAGAACUUUAGAGUGGUUGAAGUGACAUUAAUCAGUGGUGGUGAUGCAAACUCUUUCAGUCUCGCUGGUCGACCCACGGCGAGAGACCGGGAAAGGAAAACAAACAGACAAACAAACAAAUACUGACUCUUAGUGAAGUGGACGGAGUGACUGCAUCUGAGGUGGAUUUACUUUUCUCUAAGUAUUCUCUAUGUAUGCCUCUACUCCAAUGCUUUUUUCCCCUUCCUCCGCUGGCGACCUUCGAAAGCGUCAAGUCUCGAAACCCGUCUCCAGCUCUGCUCUCUGGCCAGUAAAAGAAAAAGUUAAUGAAAGAACAAAGGAAAAUAAAUACGAUAAAAAAAGGCUUAUGUGUUGUGUCUGAAACUACCAUUCAAUGCUGACCCGGUUAUGAGGCACAGAAAGCGAAGUGUGGCGCUGAGAUAGAAGGUCCACGCGUAUACAAGGACAAGGUAAAUAAGAGACGGAAGAGAGAAAGAAAGUAAGAAAGAGAAGAGAAGAGAAGAGAAGAGAAAAAUAAAAAGAAAAAGAAAGAGAAAAAGAAAAAGAAAAAGAAAAAAAGGAAAAAGGAAAAAGGAAAGAAUUUUAGAAUUACACGAGUGAACAAGGUACCAAGCUAAAGACAAAAUUCUAAUGAAACAAUAGAAAACAGUAAUAAAAAAAAGAGUCACUUCAACACACAUACACACACAUGUCAACGCCCCCGGAGUGUCUUUGAGUACCACCAGACACUCGCUCGGCCUCCCCCUCCUGCAGAAGUGCACGAGAGGCGAGGUACAGCACCUGCAGUCUUAGAAGGGGCGAGUGACCUUUGCCAAGACGCGUCUCGACUCCGAAAGACAGCCUGGUGGUGCCAUGGAAUAGCAGACAUCAUGGGAGAAGAUACAAGAUACUGCGGAAACUGCAAACGGGAAGUGUCUGCUAAAAACUUCACCGUCCACAGCGUCCACUGCCAAAGAAACAUCGCCGUGUGUACUCUGUGCAGCGAACCCGUCCCUCGCUCCCACUACCAACAGCAUGUGGAAUCCAAUCACAAGAGUAUUCAGUGCUCCAAGUGUCAGGCUCAUCUGGAACCCCUGCAACUUUUCGCACACGAGAAGGAGGAGUGCCCUCGACGCCUCAUGAAGUGCCAACACUGUGAGCUGGAGGUGAUUGCCCAGGAGUUCCAGAGCCACGUCGACUACUGCGAGUCUCGGACGGAACUCUGCAAGGGCUGCACUAAGUAUGUUCAGUUCAAACACCUUCAGUUCCACUACGAGUAUGACCACAAGUACCUCACGCCCGAUGAAAAGGACCAGGAGAACAGUUCUGACGAGGAGGGGUCGGAGUGCCCCAUUUGCCUGGGCCCCGUGACCCUUCCCCUCGUGCUGGAGUGCGGUCACACCUUCUGCAUGGUGUGCGUCAAGGGCAUCGCCAACACCACCAAGAACUGCGCCAUCUGUAGGAGAGACAUUCCUCGGGAUAUGCUCAUGGAUAUUAGAUUCUGUCGCGAGGAGGACAUUAUCAAGAACUACGUCAAUAAACCUCGAGAGAAGAAAACCCAGCGAAGUCACAGCGUCCCGAGUAGGACCUCAUCCUCAUUCAGCAGUUCCUCGCGACGUGUUGCUCGAACCACACAGGACUACGAUGACAUGGUGUCCGCCCUCCUGUCGAGUCGCACGUCCUCCGCCUCCUACAGGUACCAGCGCCCCGCCAACACGCACACGCCUCCGUCCUACACGCCUUACUCCGGCUCCGAGUCCUGCAAGGAUUCCUGCAACGACACCGACUCCAAGGACGACGACUGCUGCUGCUCCUCGUCCAAGUCGUCCCCCUCGUCCACCUCGUCCACCGCCACGUCCACCUCCACCACGGCGUCCACGGCGCGCACCGCCUCCACCUCCACCACCAGCUCUGUGUCCAAGCCUCCGCCAGCCUCCUCCGUGUCGACCUCCAGCGCCGUCUCCUCCGAAACCUCGAGGUCCACCUCGGUUUCGUCGUCGAGCACCAGCAAAACGUCCUCCUCCGUGAGUACCCGGUCCGUGGCCAGCUCCUCGUCUACCUCCUCGACAACUACCUCCUCCUCCGAAUCCUCGUCCUCAACCACGGCCUCGAGCGCUUCUUACUCGUCGUACUCCAACGGCGCUCGUCCCCGGAGGCCGACCUCUCUCGCCCUUGAGACGACGGCGGUCAUGUCCUCCGUCUCGGCCUCCGUCUCGUCCUCGUCAGGUUCCUCUCGUUCAAGCGGCUCUCGCGACGUCGAGCCGCCAGCGAACGCAACUCAAGAACAGUACGACAGGUGGCUUGCCUUCCAGCUUGCCAAGGCCGAGGACGACCUGCCUCCUUCAGAGUUCAACAAGAAGCACCGACCGACGUUCAGGAGGUCCCUCUCCAUGCCAGAGCGUGCACAGGACAGCUCUUCCGACAGCAGCGAUUCGGAGGAUUCCGAUUCGCCAAGGUCGCGCAGGAGCUCCCGGCGUCCCCCGGCGUCUCCUCGCACCGUCACGAACUCGUCGUCGUCGUCGUCGUCAUCGUCCUCUUCUUCCAGCAGGAGCACACCCAUCAGUAAGUCAUCAAGCGAUUCUAACGCCUCCUCCAGCAGCACCAGCAACAGCGGCAGCGCCCUCAGCACAGGCGCUCGGCCCAAGAACGCCGGCCUCAAGAAGAGGGUGUCCUUCAAGGAAGACGGACCCGCCAUUCGUCGUGAGGCGCCCGUGAUGCUGCCGUGCGAGUUCUGCGACGAGAUGUUCGCCGAGCGCGACCUCAUGCGGCACCAGACCAGCUGCGAACAGAACGAGACGCAGCUUCCUCGUGCCUCGCGCAUCGCCCAGCGCGCGGCGGCAGCGGCAGCCGCAGCCGCCAUGAGCUCCAGCACCUCCACGACCUCCUCCUCCUCCUCCUCCGGAAUCACGACCACCACCUCCUCGAGCACUUCCGUUGAGACGUCCUCUGUCCAGUCGUCCUCGAUCCAGUCCAGGAUCCAGGGCACAGCCUCGUCCUCGCCGAGAAGGAGCCCCGCCCCCACGCCCCCCACCCCCGGCAGGACCCCGACGCCGGUGUGCGCGCCGCCCAGGAAAGCCACGGCGCCCUCCAAGAGCCCCGCGCCCGUCCCACCCCGGAGUCAGGCGUCCGGGUCCUCGAGGAGAAGCCCCACGCCCGCCUCCCCGGGCCCCUCAAGGAGCUAUUCCUCAGGCUGGAGGAGUUCGAGGGACACGUCUCGUGGCAGCCCGGUGAGCACGCCCACUAGUCCUCCGCCCAGCUGCCCGCCCUCGAUCAGCCCGCCGCCCGUCAGCCCGCCGCCCACCACCACCAUCACCAUCGUCGACCAGAAGCCGUCGGUCGUCGUGUCCCCGAGCCAGAGCGCGGGCAGCAACCGGCCCUUCAGCGUCAGCCCGGCGCCCUCGAGCUCGACGAGCAACAGCUCCGUCAGCAGCGGAUCCAUGAGCAGUAGUUCCGUCUCCACCACGCCCUCCACGAGCAGUUCGGCUUCACCCGUGCCGGCCAUCAGUGCCACGCCCGAGCUGGCACCGCCGGACACUCCGACGACUGACCUCGAGUACGACUACGAGGACGAGGACGGCCCCUUCAUGCGGCCGAGACGUGGCCGCCUCCUGUCCUCAGCCAUCUUCUCGUGGCGCAGCAUCUCGGGCAGCAGAAGGGGGUACACGCGCUCCAACACAGCUCCUCUGGAAGACACAGGCGCUGACGAAGACGCGACGCAGGUGCAGCCAGUCAUCACCAGCCGCUCGGCGACGCAGCUGCCUGCACACCGCCCGAGUCCAGACAUCGAGACCGCAGGCUCGGCACAGCCUUCCUCCUCCUCCCCGCAGCCGACCACAGCGCCGCAGAAAACCGCGUCGCCGCCACCUACCGCGUCGCCACAGCCCUCCGUCCCCGACACACAGGCGAAGCAGCCGUCCACGUCCCCGCAGCCGGCGCAGGAGCACGCCGAGACUGUCUUCAUCAAGAACCCGCACAAGUACCGAGCUCCUCCUCCCCCGCAGACGCCGCCCAACCUACCCAACCUGCCCAACCUGCAGCAGAAGGCGUCCCCCUCGCCCACCGCCAACAUCAACGGCUACAUCAAGAGCCCGACGCCGUGGGAGAAGGCCUUCAUGAGCAACAAGGCCACCAGCCCGCCGCCCACGACUUCGCCCACGCCCGCGCAGGAGAAGACGCUGGCCAACGGGUACGUGAACGGCGUCAUCAAGUUCGACAGCAAGACCAUGAUGAACGGCCACAUGUCCAAGGAGAUCGAGGAGUUAAUACCCUGUGAAUUCUGCAAACAGGUGUUCUCCCCUGAUAAGUUUCGAAGCCAUCAGACCAUGUGUGAGGCCGCGCUCCAGCCGCCCCCCCUUCGGAGCACCGCGCCCUUGGAGCAGCCCGCCGCGCCUAAGGGCAAGACCUCAGCCCCAGCGCGCCACAACAAGGGACCUGCGCCGUCUCCGCCAGAGUCCUUCGGCAAGGACGACGCCGACGAGGACGUCUAUGAGGCGCAGCGCAUCAGGCGAAUGGAGAGGUCGCAGUCCGUCAAGGACGACCGCUCGUCCUUCAGCGACGGCAUCCGCGUGUCCCGUCGUCUCGAGCGUGCCUCUAGCAUCAAGGAGUCGAGGACCUUCUACGGUGACAACGCCAGCCUCUCCCGCCGCUGGGGAUCUCGCGAGGUCCUGCACAGCAACAGUAUGGAGUCCUCGGCGUCUCUCGCGUCCGGCGGCUGGGGCGGCAGCACCAGCAACCUCUUCAGCUCCUACGCAGGAGGACACAGCUGGACACAGCACAUCAACAGCGUGCGCAGUGAUGUGAGGUCGCUGAACGCCGCUGCGAACUGCGCAUCUUCCUCCGGACCAUAUUACGAUAACGGAGGUGACUCAGAUAACGGAGGUGAACUAGAUUCAGAGAUGUGUGGUGUAGAUAGAGGUAGAUCGCGAUACAGCAAUGCUCUACUGAUGGAGGUUCGGGCGGCGCUCAACAAGAAUACGUUCUCACACGUCGCUAAUGAGUCUGGAACAAGGUACAGAGAACGAAGCUCGAGUAGGCCACGGCCAGCAUCCAUGUACACAAGCAGUGGUACCUGGGGGUCCAUGUUUGACCUCUCCUCCCCUACUAGGUCCUUCAACAUUUCCGACGCCUUUUCCAGCGCUUCCUUGGCAUCGAAGCUCCCGAAGAAGUCACCGAAGAAAUACCCGGCGCCCCAGCCACCCUCGCGCCCUUCGUGACGCAAAGGAGGGCCAGUGGGUCCGGGAAGCGCGUCCGCGGAUCAGCGGAGGGGGAGCAAGCGCGGAUGAGUAGAAGGAGAAAGGAGGAAGGAGGAAGGAGGAAGGAGGAAGGAGAAAGGAGGAGGAGGAGGAAGAAGAAGAAGACCCGAGUGGCGUCGGCGGGGGAACUGGAUCUGGCGGAGGCGCUGGCGGAGGCUUGGGAGGGCGAGACGUCUCUCCGAGGAUUUGCAGUUCGAUGCUCAGUCGCUCUCGGCUCGACGUAGGGCAGGGCAGGACUGAUUUAUAUGCAUACUUAUUUAUGUAUUUUUAUCUCAUUGUUAUUUAUUAUUAUUAUUAUUUAUUUAUUUAUUUAUUAUUUUUUGUUGUUGUUGUUGUUGUUCUUAGAAGGAGACAAGACGAUCUACCCUGUCGACUUUUUUGUCUUGGUUUCCCCUCUCCUCUCUUCGUUUCAUAUGACCACCUUGAAGCAACACUAUGAACAUCCCGCUGCGGUCGACUCUAUAAAAGGAUAGGGACUCUGUAUCACUGGCUCUACGAAAACUGUGUAGAGGGAUAGGGACUCUGUAUCACUGGCUCUACGAAAAUUCUGUAGAGGGAUAGGGACUCUGUAUCACUGGCUCUACGAAAAUUCUGUAGAGGGAUAGGGACUCUGUAGAAAGGCAGAGUCGUCGGUCACCGCCUCUUCUCCGUCCUUGAAGCUCGGACACGUUUGCAAAUCGCGAUCAACUCAGGCGCGUGGCUUCCUCCCCUCCAUCCUCCUCCUUCCCUUGGUCGAGUCAGAGCUGCUUUUAUCUCCAUCUGUCCACUUGUAUUUAUAUCCUUCGUGGAGAAACACAAUCUUGGGUGAUAUCAAGUGAUGUCUGUGUGCGGUCGUGCCAACACUGCCAAUAUCUUGUAUGCUUAUUCUACGUAACAUACAACCUUCCUGUGGACUGCCGUGGCAUUAGGUCCUGUGGCCUGAUGACAACUGCCAUAAUAUUUUGAGGUUGUGCGGGUGUUCCUCUCCCUACGUUCGCGACACACCCUGAGGGCAAUAGCCAAAUCGUGGUGCUGAUUCUUAUUGUAUUAAGUGACGAAUCUUUGAUACAUUUUCCAUUUUUUUACACCCAUUACCGAGCUUUAAAAACGAGAAAAAAAGGAAAAAAAAAGUCUUGAUGAUAUCUGUAAUGGUAAUCCGCACGAAGUACAGGUAGGAUUUUUUCGACGUAAAGAAAUCGCUAUUUUGGUGAGCACUUAUCAUCAUCAUCUGAUCCCAAGAAAAUGCACUUUUACUAAAUACUAAUGGUUUUUUUGGAGAAAGAGAAGACGCGAGAUGGUAACCAGACACCAGGUACCUGCCUGGUGAUUCUUUCAAGCUCUCCUGAUGCUUACCUUUGCUCUUGGGAAAGAUCUGUGAAGCUGGCGGUUCCUCCUUACUCUCUGUGUAUCUGGAGUUUCAGUCAGAUCGCUUCUUGUGCAAGGAAUUUAUACCAUAUGUGUGUCUCUGGUUUUCCUCUCAUCUUCUUUGGGGAAAUUUCUGAUUAUUGUGCAGAAUCAUCAAGCGUUCCCCCUCCUCCUUGUUCUUUCCCUCCCCCCCCCCUUCCUCCCCUCCCUUUACCACCAUCCUUGUCCUGGCCUCCUCUCCCCUCCCCUCACCCCCCCUCCCCUCCCAGUCGCUGGUAUCAAAUACCUAAGACAAAAUCGAUAAUCACAGUACCCCCCCCCCCCCCACACACACAGCCUUUUGUCCGCAAUACCAGCGUUUCACGUGGUUAUUGCGUUAUUUUUUUCGAGACUCGGGACUGUAUAUAGUUAGUGUACAUAUCUCGUUGAUAGACGGUGUGCCUGCGUUUGCAAUAUAUAUAUAUUUAUAAUUAAAUAAACUUGUGUAAUAUUAAGCGUAUGAGGAAAAACUCCACUGCAGCGUUACCCCUCCCCCCCCCCCCAGAACAUAAAAACUUAUGAGACGUCCUUCCGAGUGCGUGUGUAAAAAUGUUACUUUUUUAAAUCUCUCUCUUCUAUCUCUCUAUUAAAUCCUUAUCAUUAGAUUGUUGUCCCUAAUCCUUCUCCCCCGAAACAGAAGAUUUUACUGCAUUUGGAAGCAAUUUUUUUUUUUUUUUUUUUUUACUAUAACUUGAAUUUCUUUGGAUUUGUAAUGUAUUCUAGGCUAAGACAAAGGACUAUAUUGUGUCCUUCGUAAUCACCUCUCUUCAGAUGCAUCAAAUGUCUGAUUAUUCACUUUGUGUGUGGAUGGAAAAGAUCGAUUUUUUUUUUUUUUUUUUUUUUUUUUUUUUUUUUUUUUUUUUAUGGCGACAGAAAAACAGAUUAUUUUUCUCUUUCUCUAAUGUAGUAGUUGUAUUUGUGAAAUGGAUUACAUAUUUCUUAUACCUUCGUAAAUGGUUGAAAGAUUUAACAGUUGACUGAUUAACAAAGAAAAGAAUAUAGAAAUGAGAUAAAAAGAAUACUACAAUCACACAUGAAA